CCGUGGAGCGUUGUUGUGAUCCAAUAUGGCCGGCAGUGUAAGCAAAUAGUGCGAAAGGUAAAUAAUGCCAGGCCGAAAUUCGCUGUUGUGAGGCGGGUGCUGAGGGAAUUUACGGACGGGGUGUAUUGUUGUGCGGCCAGGGCGCCGCAGGAGGCGCAGAGAAGAUCGGUUGGACGGCCGAUGUGCCGGGGCCGCGCCGCCACCACCGACACCAGCAAAAGCAGCAGCGAGUAGAGCGAGCGUAGCUUUCGUCGUCAGUUCGGGAUUGUUUGGGCCCGCGCGUUGGGCCGAGCGGACGGCAUGACGGACACGAGGCGGCGCGUGAAGCUUUACGCGCUGAACGCGGACCGGCAGUGGGACGACCGCGGCACGGGACACGUCUUCUCGUCGUACGUGGACCGGUUGAAGGGCACGUCGCUGCUGGUGCGCGCAGAGCUGGACGGCUCGCUUCUACUCGAGUCUAAAAUCCAGCCGGACACGGCCUACCAGAAGCAGCAGGACACGCUGAUCGUCUGGUCCGAGGGAGAGAACUUUGACCUGGCGCUCAGCUUCCAGGAGAAGGCCGGCUGCGACGAGAUUUGGGAGAAAAUCUGCCAGGUCCAGGGCAAGGACCCCUCGGUCGACAUCACCCAGGACACGGUUGAGUCCGAGGAUGAGCGGUUCGACGAGUCGUCAGACGCGGCGCCGGUGGAGCUGCCAGCAUGCGAGAUCGCCCGGCUGGAGGAGAUUGCCGAGCUGCUGAGGUCGUGUCUGCAGUCACCGAUGCGCAAGGACAAAGUGGCGUCCGCGCUCGAGCACGAAGGCUACAUCAAGAAGCUGAUCGGCGUGUUUCGCACGUGCGAGGAUGUCGAGGCGCUUGACAGCCUUCACCACCUUUACAACAUUUUCAAAAACAUAUUCCUGGUCAACAAGAAUGCCCUCUUUGAACUCAUGUUCGCCGAGGACACCAUCUUCGACGUGGUCGGCUGCCUCGAGUACGACCCGGGGCUCCCCACGCCCAAGAGACACAGAGAAUACCUGAAAAGCAUAGCCAAGUUCAAGGAAGUGGUGCCGAUCAACAAUCCGGAGCUGUUGGCCAAAAUUCACCAGACGUACCGGGUGCAGUACAUCCAGGACGUGGUGCUGCCGACGCCGUCGGUGAUCGAGGAGAACAUCCUGUCGACGCUGUCGAGCUUCAUCUUCUUCAACAAGGUGGAGAUCGUGACGCUGAUCCAGGAGGAUGACAAGUUCCUGACGGCCGUCUUCGUGCAGCUGAUGGACGAGACGCUGGAGGCAAGCAAGAAGCGCGACCUCGUGUUGUUCAUCAAGGAGUUCUGCAACUUCUCGCAGAACCUGCAGCCGCAGGGCAAGGAGGCGUUCUACAAGACGCUGAGCGCGUUGGGCAUCCUGCCCGCGUUGGAACACACGUUGGCGUCGAGCGACCCGCCGACCAAGGCGGCCUCGAUCGACAUCCUCACACACAUCGUCGAGUACUCGCCGUCGGUGGUGCGCGGCUACACGCUGCAGCAGGCGAACAGCGCUGACGAGGAGCAGCUGCUGAUCAACGUGAUAAUCGAACAAAUGAUUUGCGACUGCGACCCCGAGCUGGGCGGCGCCGUGCAGUUGAUGGGCGUGCUGCGCAUCCUGCUCGACCCGGAGAACAUGCUCGCCUCGAUCAGCAAGAGCGAGAAGACCGACUUCCUCAACUACUUCUACAAGCACAGCAUCCAGGUGCUGAUCGAACCGUUGCUGUCCAACACGGAGACCGACAGUCCGGCCCGCGACGACUACUGCACCGCCCAGCUGCUCGCCGUCGUGCUUGAGCUGCUCUCCUUCUGCGUCGAGCACCACACUUACCACGUCAAAAACUGCAUCCUCAACAAAAACCUGCUCGGACGCGUACUCGUGCUCACGCGGUCCAAGCACACCUUCCUGGUGCUCAGUGCACUUCGGUUCAUGCGUAAAAUAAUCGCGCUGAAGGACGAGUUCUACAACCGGUACAUUAUAAAAAACAACCUGUUCCGGCCGGUGAUGGACACGUUCAUCCGCAACAGCAGCAGGUACAACCUGCUCGACUCUGCCAUAAUCGAGCUUUUCGAGUUCAUCAAGCUGGAGGACAUCAAGUCGCUGUGGCUGCACGUGGUUGAGCAGUACGGCAAGGUGCUCGACGAGAUCGACUACGUACAAACAUUCAAGGCGCUGCGCAUGCGCUACGAGCAGCACCAGGACAAGCUUCGCGACCGCGACAGGUCCUCUCUAGAUGGGGUGCCAUCAAUCCUGCGGAAUCCGCGUUUCCGUCGCGACCCGCGGCAGCUGGAGGAGGAGGAGGACAUGUGGUUCAACGACGAGGAGGAUUUCGAAGAGGCGGCCGACACGAAGAAGCUUGACUCGGAGCUGGACUCGCUGGGCAAGCUCAUGGAGCGCAAGGCGCCAGGCCGGACCAAUAACAACUCGGCCGUCGGCCUCGCCACCGGAGACGCGGCCGCCUCGCCGCCCGGCAGCCCCACCGCCGAGAAACUCCUCUUCAAAAAGCAGGGUCUGGUCGACUACGAGGGCGACAGCGAUGAUGAUGACGACGAUGAGCCCGACGAUGACGACCUGGUGGCGCCCAAGCGCGCUAAGCUCUCGUGAAGUGCGGGCCAGAAAAAAGGAAAUUAAAUUAAAAAUAAAAGAAAAAAAAUACAAAAAAACUCUGUGCUGAGCCGAGAAUGAAUGAGCGUGUCGACGAGUGAGUGCCGUCCUUGUUUCGUGCGUGUAUACAUUUACAGCUAAUGUACAUUUUUAUAAUAAAUAAUGCAAGUAGACUGAUAAGAAAA